AAGAGACCUUUGGUCAUUGCCCGUGUCCGCGUUUCCUCUCGAAAGGUCGCUGAAGAGCGAGAGCAUGGAGGAGAGAGGCCAGCUCAAGAGGGCGCUCACCGAAGCCACCGCCGGUGCCAUCGCCGGUGCCAUCUCCAGGACGGUGACCUCGCCGUUGGAUGUCAUUAAGAUUCGAUUCCAGGUUCAACUUGAGCCCACUUCAUCAUGGACUUUACUCCAGAGAGAGUUGUACAAACCUUCGAAAUAUACAGGGAUCCUGCAGGCAGCAAGGGAUAUUUACCUCGAAGAAGGAUUACCGGGUUUUUGGAGAGGAAAUGUUCCAGCUCUACUCAUGUAUAUGCCUUACACAGCCAUACAAUUUAUGGUUCUACACAAGUUAAAAAGUUUUGCUGCAGGUUCUUCUAAAACAGAGGAUCACUUGCAGUUGAGCCCUUAUUUGUCUUAUUUGAGCGGUGCACUGGCUGGAUGUGCAGCAACAGUAGGAUCAUAUCCCUUUGAUCUUUUACGAACCAUUUUAGCAUCACAAGGUGAACCUAAGGUUUAUUCUUCAAUGAGAUCUGCAUUUGUUGAUAUCAUUAAGACCCGUGGUGCCCGGGGUCUGUAUGCCGGAUUGGGGCCAACACUAGUUGAGAUUAUUCCAUAUGCUGGACUGCAGUUUGGUACCUACGACACAUGCAAGCGAUGGAUGAUGUCUUGGAAUAGGUACAGACUUUCCAAUUUGAGCUCAUCAAGGUCAAAUAACAGCUUGUCAAGCUUCCAGUUAUUUCUUUGUGGGUUUGCAGCUGGGACAUUUUCUAAAGCUGUUUGUCAUCCUCUUGAUGUCGUAAAGAAGAGAUUCCAGAUUGAAGGACUGCAAAGGCACCCGAAGUACGGAGCAAGGUUAGAGAAUCGUUCUUACAAGAACAUGUUCGAUGCAGUGAAACAGAUACUACGAAAAGAAGGAUGGCCAGGUCUCUACAAGGGUUUAUAUCCUUCCAUAAUAAAAUCUGCACCAGCUGGUGCUGUCACCUUCGUCGCAUAUGAAUACACCUCAGAUUGGUUGGAAUCCUUGGUUUCCUGAAACUGCUAGUGACUUGCCAAUUUUUUUUUACAAUUAUUUCCACAUUUUCUCAUUUUACUCAACACCCUUAUUAUGUUUACUCUUUACCUAGGUUCAUUAACCUAUUUUUUUCAUACUACUUGGCUAAUUUUGCCAAGGCAUAUCCCUGGUUUCUCAGGGUUUCAGUGUUUAUGAACAGAAUCAACUUUACUGAUAAUGAGCAAUGGUUUAAGGUGAGUAUAGUAAUGUAGUAAAUGUACACAAAUUUUGCUUCAGCUGGCAAUUGAUUUAAUUCAACA